AAUAGAAAGCCAAAGGAAGAAGAAGAAGACGAAGAAGGAGAAGAAGAAGGAGGAGAAGAAGAACAGGAGGAGGCGGAUUGUUCAGACUGAAGCAGAUACAUUGAUCAGCAGCUCGCGCUCAUUUGAUGGAUGUUUGAUCAGUGGAUGUGAUGCCCAUUUAUAUCAUCGACCGAAAAUUUCCUGACACAUCAGGUGAGUUGAUACUGUCGGCAGCUGAAGGAGGAGACCUGACGAUGACAGAGACAAAACCCCCAAAUUUGGCGAAGAAGCCUCGCUGGACCUCGUUGGAGAUUGGACUCAUCACCAUCGUCUCUUUACUCUUCAUCAUUAUUGUUGCCCUCAUCAUUCUGUGUAGCACACAGAAGACUGAUAAAAUCUGCACCACAGCUGACUGCACACGGUCAGCCUCUGGUCUCAUUGAGAAAAUGGACACCAGUGUGGAUCCUUGUGAUAACUUCUAUCAGUUUGCCUGUGGAGGCUGGCUCAAAAAGAACAUCAUCCCAGAAACCAGCUCCAGACACGGCAUCUUCAACGUCCUACGAGACAACAUGGAGGUCAUCCUCAAAGGAGUCCUUGAAAAGACAGUGGAGGGAGAAGCUGCUGCUCUCAUCAACGCAAAGACUCUUUACAGAUCCUGCACCAAUGAGAGUUUAAUUGAGCUCAGAGGAGGAAAACCACUGCUGGAAAUGCUGCCGGAUAUAUUUGAGUGGCCUAUAGCUGUGGACGACUGGGAAACCAAAUAUGGUAACACCUGGAGGUUGGAAGACGUCAUUGCCAAGCUGAACGAGAAAUAUGGAACUCCACUGUUAGUGAACCUUUUUGUUGGCACAGAUGACAGAGAAUCCAAUUCACACAUCAUUCAUUUUGACCAGCAGACAAACCUCGGCCUCUUGUCCAGAGAUUAUUACUCCUGUGUCGGACCCUUUGCAGAGGCGUGUCAGGCCUAUGAACAGUUCAUGAUGGACCUGGCUAAGCUGAUCCGCACCGACCGAGGACUGACAAUCAACGAGAGCCGCAUCAGAGAAGAGGUGAUGAGAGUGAUUGACCUGGAGAGAGACAUCGCCAACUCUACUGACACUCCUGAGGACCGUAACAACCCAGUUCUGCUUUACAACAAGAUGAACCUGAGCGAUCUGAACGACAACUUCACGCUCGAGGUCGACUCGCAGGUGUUUAACUGGAGUUACUUCACAGCUAAGAUCAUGGCAACGGUCAACAUCACUGUUCCUGAAACAGAGAAAGUCAUAAACUACUCCCCCAAUUAUUACAAGAGACUCAGCCUAGUUUUGACCAGAUACAACAAGAGAGAUCUUCAGAACUACAUGGCGUGGCGUUUUGCUAUGAACAUGGUUGUGGGUCUGAGUAGAGCGUACAGAGACACCAGGAAACCCUUCCGCAAGGCUCUGUCUGGUACUGCAGUAGAAGCACCAGUGUGGAGACGAUGUGCGCUUUACGUCAACGCCAACAUGGAGAAUGCUGUUGGUCGUCUUUAUGUGCAGGAGGCGUUCUCUGAAAAGGGCAAAGAACUGAUGGAGGAGAUGAUCAAAAAUAUUCGGGAAGUGUUCAUUACUAAUCUGGAGGACUUGACCUGGAUGGAUGCUGAAACCAGGAAAUCAGCAGAGGAGAAGGCCAGAGCUAUUCAGGAACGGAUUGGCUAUUCUGAAAACAUCAUGGAUGACAAAUACCUUAACAAUGAGUACAAAGAUCUGAACUACAGAGCACAUGAGUACUUUGAAAACAUCUUACAAAACCUGGAGUAUGUGCAAAAGAGACGUCUGCGGAAGCUCAGAGUCAAAGUCAACAAAGACGAGUGGAUCUCUGCUGCUGCUGUUAUCAAUGCUUUUUACUCACCCACCCAUAACCAAAUAGUGUUUCCUGCUGGUAUCCUUCAACCACCUUUCUUCAGCAAAGGCCAGGCUCAAUCUCUCAACUAUGGAGGCGUUGGAAUGGUCAUCGGUCAUGAGCUCACACAUGGCUUUGAUACCUAUGGCCGUAAUUAUGACAAGAAUGGUGACAUGAAGGACUGGUGGACACCGGCCUCCACUCAGAGAUUCCUGAACCUGUCAAAGUGCAUGGUUCAUCAGUACAGUAACUUCACCUGGGACCUGGCCAACGGACUUAAUUUAAAUGGUAAUAACACACUUGGUGAGAAUAUUGCUGACAAUGGAGGAAUUCAACAAGCGUUUCAGGCGUAUAAGAUGCAUGUGAAGAAGCACGGAGAGGAUUUACCACUGCCUGGAAUCAACAUGUCACAUGAUCAGCUCUUCUUCCUUAACUUUGCUCAGGUGUGGUGUGGAGCGUACAGACCAGAGGACGCAGUUAAAUCUGUUAAAACUGAACAUCACAGUCCAGGAAAAUUCAGAGUUCUAGGUUCCCUUCAGAAUUUCCCAGAAUUUGCCAAAGCUUUCAACUGCAAUAAGAGCAACUACAUGGUUCCAAACAACGUGUGCCGUGUGUGGUGAUCCACGGGCCUGUGCAACAGAUAAUGUUCCCGAAACGGAUCAUCAUCCCUGUUCCUCCACCCCCCCCCACUGGAGGACUGGUGUGUGUCUACAGGAAGUGACGCUCCCUCCUGGACGAUCCAUGGCAGUUGGACUGAUAAUGGAGUUUGCAUUUCCAGACACUGUCCUCUAACUAAACGUAACUAUGGGUCGUUUGCAGGAAUUACAACCCAUAGGUAAGGUUUUUAAAACAUAACAGCAAUCUGGUACCGUGCGUGUGUGUCGUCAUCAGUGAAGUUUCCACCUGCAGUUCUCUUCGUGGUGACCACGCGACACGCGACUAAUUAUUAUUGUCUGUAACUUAGUGCCUGUCUUUUUCUGCCCUAACCCUAACCUCACUAACACUUGUGCCUAGUUCACUCACUCACUCAU